AUGGCGGCGAAAGAUUUAUCGAAGACGUUCGAGGACAUAGAAUCAGAAGAUUUCAGCCUGGAGACCAGUGUACCAACAGAUAUCACGAUGUCUCCUGACCAUAGCGAGGUAGAACGGCGAAACAAGAAGAGACACAUCACGAAACAGCUGAUUGAGAGAAAACAGAUGAUACACGAUCUGCAAGUGCUGAAAAUUGAAGUUUCACAGAAGAAUUUUGCCAUUGAAAGCCUUAAAGCCGAGCAUAUACAGCAGGUAGAAGAGCUGGAAGAGAAACUACAUGAUGCCGUACAUCAGAAACAAAUUUUGCAGACACGUCUAGAGUCAGAACUCCAAAUCCAGUCUGAAGAGGCUCGAAAAAGACAAGAGCUCUUUAAGCGAGAAUUGGAGGCUGUUCGUGCUAGACAGCAGCAACUGGAAGGGGCCAAUGAGAUCUUGCAAGCAAAAGCUGGGGAUGUGCGGAGAUCUCUUCGCGAUCUCAACAUUUCAGAAGAGCAGUACUAUCAGUUGCGAGGGCUGUCUGAGGCAGACUUAUCACUGAGGGAUUAUGUUGCAGUAAGAUUAUUUGAAGCGACAAAACCAUUGCAGACAGAGAUCUCGCAGCUGAGGGUGCAGAUGAAAACUGCUGAAGAUGAAGUCGCUACAUUGUCAAGAGACCUACUUGAGACACAGAAGAAAUUGGACGAGGAAAGGCAGGAACAUGGUGAAUUGAGGAUUCGAUACCAGAAGCUGCACGCUGAGCAUGUGGAGAUGGCUAGCAAAGUGAAGUCAGAAGACUACAGGGUUGAAAACUAUGAGAGAGUUAAAAGUGAACGAGAUGGACUUGAGCACGAUCAGAUGGAAUCAACCCGUCAGUUGGUGACCCUUGAAGCUUCAUUUUCAAAUCUACAGAAAGAACGAGAUGAUUUAAGUAAAGAGUUGUCUUCAUCGAAACAGACAAUCGCUCUCUUGAAGCAAGACAAGGAGUAUUUGACACGCCAAGUGUCAGAUAUCAACAACAAACUGGCAUAUAAUGAGGAGAAACUGCAGCAGUUAUCAAGGCAGCUUGAUGAUGCAAAACUUGCCCGAGAAGAAAUGUAUGAAAAAUAUGUGGCUUCAAGAGAUCAGUAUAAGUCUGAAUAUGAAAAUAAACUCAGAGAAGAACUGGAACAGAUAAGGGUUAGAACUAAUUCAGAGAUUGACAGACUGAGAACUUCCACAAGAGAGAUGUAUGAAAGAGAGAACAGGAACUUGCGUGAAGCUAGAGAUUUAGCUCUGUCGGAAAGGGACAGGUCACAAGAGGCAGAACGAGAAAUGAACACUAAAUAUGAACAGCUGUUGUCUGAGUUCCGUCAGCUACAGGCCAAACAUGAAAGUCGGUUAUCUGAGGUUCAGAGUGAGCUCAAAAUUAAAAUGUUUGAUGCAGAGAGAUCACAAAUGGUCUAUGCAGAGACAGUCAAGAAUUUGGGUACUGCAGAAAUGGAGAUUGAAAAGCUGCAAAAGAAGAUUGAGGUACUUACAAAAGAAUACUAUAGUCUUCAGACAUCAUUAGAGAAGAGAGUUGUUGAACUUGAAGCAUCUCUGUCUGAGAAGAAUACUAAAUUGGAGGCGUACGAGAAACUGGAGCAAGAUCUGGAUUCAGUAAUCAUGCAGGCAGCAGAAGUGGAGAAUGAGAAGGAUGCAGAAAAAGUGCUGUUUUCCUAUGGCUACGGUGCUAAUGUGGCCAGUACCACAAAGAGACGCAUGCAGCAGAGUGUACACUUAGCUAGGAGAGUUCUGCAACUGGAAAAAACAAAUACUAGUCUGCGGAAGGAGAACCAGGAGUACAAGAAUAAAAUCAACUCUUUAGUUAAGGAGGUGGAGAAAACAAACGAAUUGCUCAGUCAGUCCCAGCAACCCUACAGUUACCUCAUUCAGUCAGUCAAGACCAGAGAUCAGCAGCUUCAGCAGCAGUCAGCAGCCAUGCUGGUUCUAGAGGAGGAUUUAAGAAAACUGGAGAAAGAAAAAUUAGAAAUGGCCAGAGCCCACAAUCAGAUGAGCUUGGAUUUGGAAAGAUUGCUGAAUCAGAAGGAGGAGAUGGCUGUGAUGAAGCAGGUCAUGUUGAGCCUAUCAGAGCGGAAGUUUGAUGAUGAUAAGGUCAAAGCCAGGGACUUCCAUCCCUCCAAAAGUGUAUCUUCUAUGGGUCAGAGGUUUCCCCAUGACUUUGAAUUACAUAAUGACCCCGGAGUGACUAAGCCUGGAGCCUUACACUUGUCUAAACAAAGAUCACCAAACAGGUCAAGGCAAGAGAAGAAAGGUCAGCAGGGGUCCAGGUUUUCCAAAGUAUAUGGGGUGGCCAAAUCCUGA